ACUUUUCUUACUAAAAAGUUGGCAACAGCCGUAGUGUUCUGUACAUACAUAGCCGUCGGCGACAGCUGGAAGCUCCUUAUCUCGGCGUUGUUUACGUUUCUGCGCAACCUCUUGGCCGUCCUUGUCAUAGCUUAGGCUAACAACUUUGCAGCAAUGCAGUGUGAAGAAUGAAAAGAAAGGGAGUGCCACUGCGGCGCUAGCAAUGUGGCAAUUCCAUUAAGCGUCGAUGGCACGUCUUCUUUCUCUGUUCCGGCCUCAAGUGUUUGUGGCUGUGCUCGGAAGGAGAAACAUGUCACUGGACUAUGGAGCACGCGAGGUGUUCAUGGCGGCGGUUGAGGCCGUGCAGCCCGACGUGGUGGUCCGGCAGGCUUUGCAGCGUAAAAACAACUCGGUCAUCAUCGGAGGCCGGAAAUUCCUACUCCAAAACAACGUACGCGUGGUGGGCUUUGGCAAAGCCGUGCUAGGUAUGGCUACUGAGGCAGAGAGGAUUGUGGGAGAUCACCUGGUGGGAGGAGUCAUCAGCGUACCGCACGGCAUCCAGGAGACCUUAAGGCAGCAUGGCAAAGAGCAGCUGCUGUUAAAAGAAAGCAGCCGCAUCAGAGUCAUGGAGGGCGCUCAACACAACCUGCCUGACAGUGACUCCAUGAAGGCGGCCGAGUGCAUCGCUCAGUUGACGAGUACCCUCACAGACAAAGACCUGCUGCUUGUUCUCAUCUCAGGUGGGGGUUCUGCAUUGUUACCCGCACCCAUCCCUCCAAUAACACUGCCAGAGAAAUUGAACAUCACUCGGAAACUGGCGGCGGCGGGUGCCACCAUUCAGGAGUUAAACACGGUGCGGCGCAGCCUCUCUGUGUUAAAAGGUGGAGGGCUCGCAAAGUGUGCUCAUCCUGCUCAGGUGGUUGCAUUGAUACUGUCUGAUGUGAUUGGUGACCCACUGGACCUGAUAGCGAGCGGCCCCACAGUGGAGGGUCAGGUGUGGCGUGAGGAUGUGCUGGCUGUUCUUGAGCGCUACAAGCUGCUAGACUCUGCACCCGCUUCUGUGAAGGAUGUGCUUGGGAGACUGCAUCCGCGACAGGAAGUUGAAGAAGACAAGGCGGGGCAUGUGCUCAACGCUGUGAUCGGCUCAAACAGCAUCGCCCUCCAGCGUGCGGGUCACCGUGCACAGGAAUUGGGUUUCAAUCCCGUUGUGUUGUCACCAGGAGUGUGUGGCGAUGUGCGGUCGGUGUCUCAUCUUUACGGCCUCCUGGCACGUUUCGCCUGUUCCCAUGAGGAACCUCCGUCUGAGAUUGCAGCAAAGGUGCUGAAGCUCGGGCCCAAGGUGGGCGUGGAGAACGCAGACCUGCAUCGCACCAUGCAGAGCUUGGAGGAGGCCCGUUCGCAGGGAGGGAUCACAUGCGUGUUGGCGGGAGGGGAGCCCACCGUGGAGCUGACAGGUAAAGGGCGUGGAGGUCGGAACCAGGAGCUGGUGAUGAGAGUGGGACUGGAACUGAGAGGUUUGCAGCUCCCGCCUCACGGUCCUGUCUUCCUGAGCGGCGGAACGGACGGUCAGGAUGGACCCACGGAGGCGGCGGGGGCUGUCACAGAUGGAGGGCUGCACAAAGAAGCCCAAAGACAAGACCUGGACAUCUCCAGCUUCCUUCAUAACAACGAUUCCUUCACUUUUUUUAAACGCCUCUCUGGAGGGCACAACUUACUUGUACCAGGAUUAACCUGCACCAACGUCAUGGAUGUGCACGUCCUGAUUAUUCCACCAAGUAAAACACAUUGACGUUAAUUCAUUUCACAACACAAACAUUAACUACUUGAUUUCAUCAUCCUUUUUUGCAUCCAUAAAAGUGUUUAACUUAUCUUCAGUAUUGAAACCAGACACUUUAAAAUGAAAGUGAAGUUUUCCAUAAGCUCCCAUGAUAGAUCUGCUUUUUCGCAUUCAUAUUUUUAUUGGUUGUUGUGAAGUCACAACUAAUUCAUUCUAUUAUGAAGCGACUUUAUCAUGCUGAACUCGAAAUAUGACAAUGACAUGACGACUAUAUGAAGGAAUAUAUACUAUAGAAAUAAUGUAUAUGUUACUUCAGUAGUUUCUGAAUAAGUAGUAAUUAUGUGAUUACUAAGAAUUGCACUGUUAUUUUGGAAAAUGAACAUUUUAAAAACUUCGAGAAUUUCAUGUUUUUGAUAUAGGCUGCACGGUGGACGAGUGGUUAGCGCUGAUAGUGUUUUAGGUAUUUUCAUUCAAACAUUUCAUUAAAGAAACAAUCAUUUCUAAAUGUUCGUAAAUGUCUCAGUGUCACUCACAAUGCCUAAACUACUCCCUAGUAAUGCUACUUUAUAGUACUAGUACUGUGUUUUGAAACGUUAACGCUAGGUUAUAAUCAUGCCUCACACAUGUAUUGUUGAUCCCGACCUGCCUAGCACACAGCAACAUUUAUUCUCUGCCUGUGGGAAUGGGGCGCUAGUUCCGAUCAAUGGGUCUGAAAUCAAUGCGCCUUGGAAAGAUGUUCUGGUAUUGUUUAAAUCAUCAAAAUACGGCAAGAUACUGUAAGUGUGACAUGUUAUCAUUAAUGUACUUGUUCUUGCUUGAUCACAGAAUGUAUAUAAAAUGAUUACAUUUUGUUAAGAGUUUUUUUUUGUUUUGUUUUUUUUUUAGACGGCUAUGCAGUCCCAAUUACGUGCAUUGCUAGCUACCUCAUAUUAACUCAGUUUUAUAGCAUUAUAAUGCACAGAAAAGGGAAAGAAAUAUGUGUUCCUGUUUCACAUAAGGAUUGUGAAUACAAAAAAUGCAGUUCCCCUUUAAAAGCCUCCAAUUUUCCCAAAAAUUGAUAAUGUGCCUUAUAAUUUUUAUUAAUUUUCUAUACCGCUUAUCCUCACUAGGGUCGUGGGAUAUGCUGGAGCCUAUCCCAGCUGACUUCGGACGAGAGAUGCGGAUAUUACAAUAUUGUGAAUAAAGGUCAUUUGUGUUUACGCUGUUCUACAUAAUGGUUCAGACUUAAAUGCCACAUCCGUAAAAGGAUCA